AUGUCGGCGAUUGACAUCGAACAUGUCCUUUCUGAGCUAUCCCUAAACGAAAAGGUCUCAUUACUUUCAGCACUAGGCGCUACUUUCGACAAAGAACUUAUAUUUGCUCUCGGAAAGCUUCUCGGUCUGGAAUGCAAGGCAAAGGGGGCCCAUGUCCUCCUAGGGCCAACGAUUAAUAUCCAGCGAAGCCCGUUGGGAGGUCGCGGGUUUGAAUCUUUCUCAGAAGAUCCUGUACUCUCGGGAUCUUUGGCUACCAGUUAUUGUUUGGGUGUUCAGACUGAGGAUGUUAUUCCGACACCCAAGCAUCUUGUAUGCAAUGACCAGGAGCAUGAGCGUGUUGCUGUUAAUGCUCUUGUCACUGAGCGUGCGCUAAGGGAAAUAUAUCUACUUCCAUUCCAGCUCGUCAUUGAGGGCGCCAAUCCCCAGGCCCUUAUGACAUCUUACAACAAGGUUAACGGAUGCCACGCUAGCGAGAGCCCUGAUCUGCUCCAAGAUGUUGUUCGGAAAGAAUGGAAUUAUAAUGGCCUAAUCAUGAGCGAUUGGUUCGGUACGUACAGUGUGUCUGAGGCUGUCAAUGCCGGUCUGGAUCUUGAAAUGCCAGGUCCAUCUCGAUUUCGGGGGCCGGGAUUGGUCCAUGCCGUCACGUCCAACAAGGUCUCGGAGAGGACUAUCAAUGAUCGAGUUCGCAGUGUCUUAGAUCUGGUGAAGCGAGCGGCAAGCUCGGGAAUCCCAGAAAACGCACCUGAAACCCAACGAAAUCUUCCCGAAGACAAGGCAUUACUCCGCAAAGCAGCCGCCGAGUCAAUAGUUCUUCUCAAAAAUGACGAUCAUAUUCUACCUUUGGAUUUGACGAAAAAAACCCUCGUCAUUGGUCCAAAUGCCAACAUCGCGGCGUAUUGUGGUGGAGGCUCUGCCGCUCUGCCAGGGUAUUAUGCCAUUUCACCCCUAGAGGGAAUCAGCGGCAGCUGUACUGGGGGUGUAACCUUCUCACAGGGAUUGUAUGGCCACAAAGAGCUGCCCCUACUAGGUGAACAACUGAAAACCGAAGAUGGCCAAUAUGGCUAUACAUUCAGCGUGUUUACCGAGCCAUCUUCCAACAAAAGCAGAAAAGCGGUAGAUAUUCUACACAUGAAGAGCAGCUCCGCGUUUUUGAUGGACUACAAGCAUCCGAAAGUACACUCCGACCUUUACUAUAUCACCAUGGAAGGCAUAUUCGAGCCUUUGGAAAGUGGAAUAUACGACUUUGGCCUCACUGUAGCGGGUACCGGAGAGCUCUUCAUCGAUGGCGAGAAAGUAGUCGAUAAUAAGAACAAUCAGCGACAGGGGACGUCAUUCUUCGGAAUCGGUACUCCAGAAGAACGAGGCUCCAAGUACCUCGAAGCAAACAAACGGUACAAAAUUAUGGUCGACUACGGGACUGCGCCGACUUCAAAUCUGAAACUGCAUGGAGUCGUGUCCUUUGGACCCGGUGGAGUGCGAGUGGGAGGGUGCAAGCGCAUCGAUGCAGAACAGGCCAUUCAAGAGGCUGUGGAUCUUGCAGCUACAUUUGACCAAGUCGUUGUAUGUGUUGGACUGAGUGGGGAAUGGGAAAGCGAAGGAUUUGACCGUCCGCACAUGGAUCUGCCGCCGAUGUCAGAUCAACUUGUUGAAAGAAUUCUUGCUGUCCAGCCAAAUGCUGCGGUUGUUGUGCAAAGUGGAACUCCUGUAUCAAUGCCUUGGGCUCGGGACGUAAAGGCUCUUCUUCAUGCGUGGUAUGGUGGGAAUGAAACGGGAAAUGGUAUUGCGGAUGUCAUCUUCGGGAAUGUGAAUCCGUCUGGCAAACUUCCUCUUAGCUUCCCAGAGUUUAUCGAGGAAAACCCAGCAUAUCUGUCAUAUCGAUCAGAAGGAGGAAGAGUGCUGUACAGCGAGGACAUAUACGUUGGUUAUCGCUACUAUGAAAAGGUCAAGCGAGAACCUCUCUUCAGCUUCGGUUAUGGUCUCUCAUACACGGCAUUCCGACUUUCGGGACUAGGUACUUCUCAGCCAUUGGCAGCUCGCAACAACAUCAAGGAAGAAGUGUUGGAAGUUUCUGUCUCAGUUGAGAAUACUGGAACUUGCAGCGGUGCAGAAACCGUUCAAGUAUACAUUUCACCACCUAACAACGCCAGCAUUUCCCGCCCUGUGAGAGAGCUUAAGGGGUUCAAAAAGGUCAAGCUACAACAAAGUGAGAAAAUGGAGGUCAUGAUUACUAUCCCGAUUGCUCUGGCUACCAGUUUCUGGGAUGAGAGAUCGUCCGCCUGGUUGAGUGAAGCGGGAGAGUACACUGUCACUGUCGUUGGAACGGGUGAGCAGAAUAUACUUUCAACAGGAUUCGUGAUUUGCCAGACAAGAGAGUGGACUGGCCUGUGUGGGCCUGUUAUUACUGCUGCAUCUCGGCAUGUCAAUGGAAACGGAAAGUAG